AUGGCAUCUCAGAUUAUUGAAGAAAAACAAGAUGAUGAUGAUGAGGAGGAGGAUUCCCCUGUUUUGAUUGACUCUGAAGCUCAGAAAAACAAAGUUAGGCAGAUUAUAAAGUACCAGAAAUAUCUCUACUAUUCAUCAUCAUCUUCCUUAUCCUCCUCAGCAGGGGCUUCCUGUUCUUCAUUCACUUCUUCACGCAGGAGCAGCAGUUUGUUGGAUUUAAUGAAAGUAGGGAGCACAUCCUUAAGGAGAUUGAUCGAUAUGGAGCACACAACCUUGAAGACUUAUUUGGAUGAAUACAGUGGUUCUCCCAUGAUCAAGCCUAUUUUCUUGUGGGGAAGUGAUGCUGAUGAUGGAAAGAAAUAUGAUGAUCCCUGGAGUCCAAUUAAGCAAGCCCGGAUGAUGAUGAUGGCCAGUACUCCCAAUGAUUUCAAAAGUGGGAAAUCUUCAGGUGAUCACAGCCGAGGAAAAAAGAGGUCAAACAUGCAGCAAAAUACUAACAGGAGGAGGCUCACCAGGAAGAAGUCAUUUCGGAGGUUACCUAGAUUUGGUUUAUGGCUGUUUUCAGGGUUUAGAAUCUUUGGAUUCAGGUUGCGGUUGAGAAGAUUGAGGGUUAUGAUCUGUGGUAGGAAGCUUUGA